AUGCCGUACUGGAAUGAAGACGGCUUCAAGACGGCGCUCUGUGGGGUGAGUCCACUCGGACAUAAGGAUUCCAUGCUGGCGCUCACGAACAGCUGCGCGAUCGCGGGGAAGGUGCGGGAGGUGUACGAUAAAUUCAUGCGGCUCUACACCGCGCGCUCGCAUGUGCACCACUACGAGCGUUACCUCGCGCUCGACUACUUCCACGCCACCGCCGAGGGGAUAUGCGCGAUGUUGGACGACUACGAGUAUUUGGCCACCGCUCAGAGACCUGCAACGGCGCCACGCUGCAUGAAGGACUUGGUGGUAUACUGA